UCAAAUAUCUUUUUUUCGAGCUACGAACUACAAACCAUUCAUUUUCCUCUUCAGCUUCUAGAAAAGGUUUCAACGUCUUUGUUUCGAGACUCUUUUUCUUCCCCCUUCAUCUUCUCCUUACCAUUGCACUUCGACUCAACUUGGCCUCUUUUACUUUGCUUUUUGGAUUGAGUUAUAUAUAUCUUAUUUCAAAUGUACUUGUUAAACAAUCGAACAUGCUAUUUCCCUGCCCUUAGAAACUUGGUCGGUUGAACUCAAUCGACUCGUUUCUCUUCCAUCAUUCCACCAACCCAACCCGAGUCUCUUUAGCCCCGAAGUAAACUGCCCUAUCCGCAUUCUUCCCCCGCCUGUUUCAGACGGGUUCAAACUGGUUCACAGCUACCUCCCUAGUGAUCAACUAAGUCGUUCCGAGUGUCUUUGCAAAGAGCACUAGCAAUGGCUGACGGUAGAUCACCAGUGGCCGUAUGGUUCUCUUCUGACCUGGACGACCCUGCUGAUCAGGGUCCCUGGGGUUGGCGGCUAGAUGUUGUAACUCUACUUGCUGUCAUAGGCGAAUCGUCUAUAGCAGAACAUUCACAGACCAUCACUGCCAGUAUCUUCUGCCUCCUCCCGCGUCUCAUCCCUGCCCCUCAAGCUUUCUUGAAACCCUCUCGUCCCGUUCGCCUUCCCGAGACCACUGCAAAGAUGACCGGUGUCUAUAGUGGCGUCACCCUCGAUACUGUAGGCUUCUUUGCGAACAUCAUUCAUCCCCUCGACGAGCUACAGCCAUUUGCCUUCAAGGUCCUCGAGAUCAAACACACUGAUCGGAAUAACGCCGGUGGCAUGGAAGUCCCGCACACGCUCACGGAGAAGACUAAGUGGUGGUUUAAUCGACGACAUAGAAGCAACUCUUCCAACCCUGCUCUGGAACUCAGGACCCGACCCACUCUGCCGCGUUUUAACGACUCCCGGUCAGACACACCCGAAGGGAAGAGGUCAGAUACUCCAACAAAUACACUGUUCAACUCAAGCAUCGAUGUCGAGGCCGGAGGUCCAAAACAAGGGAUCAAAAAAAGACCUACAUUCAGAGAAAAGGCUCAAGAUUUCGCGGCUAAUCCAACACUGGUUAAUACUAGCGCAAGGCCUGCAGUCCCGGCAACCUUAUAUUCGCCUCUCCAUAUCCUCUCCCUGUUCUCUUGCUUGUUGACAUUAGGCAUAAUUGGAUUUGCAGCCUGUUAUCAAGACGGCACGGCCAUUAUCGCUGUGUCACUCGUGUCCUUCGCCAGCUCUAUCGUCGGGUGGGCCUCAUGGUGGAGACCCAUCCUGAUGAACCGAAGCCACACCAACAAAGUCCCCGAAGGUGAUGUGAUCAUUCGCACACGCGAAGGUGCCUUUCUUCUUAUCAAAUGCACAGAAGAGGUUGCGCGAGAACUGUAUUCGGGUACUGAAGAAUGCGAGUACCACGUUAGCGGACGCGCAUACAGAGUGCUCAUGGGGCUAGGAACCUGCUUGCUGAUGAUAUCUGUGAUCUUGCUAGGUAACUGCAAGUGGUAUACCCAGAUUUUCAUCGGCUGCAGUUACAUCGUGUUGAAUGGUGUCUAUUGGGCUAUGGGAUUGCUUCCUAAGAAAUUAUUCUGGGACCUCAGUCGCUAUGACGUUAAGGAAAUCAUUUCAGCGGAAGAUCAGGACGACCGCGACUCGAAGUCUGAAGACCCACGUGAGGGCGUAAAAAGUUUCACGCGUACGCUGUGGUUUGCAGUCCGCGAGACUAAGCGUACGGCCUGGGUCCACCGGAGCGGCGCUGCCCCUGACACUCCGCAGUGGCGCAAAUGGCUUGCUGAAGCCGAGCAGGCCGCCAUAGAUGGAAAAAUGGACUGGCCUGCGGUCGGACGGAAGGACGACAUUAUGAAGUUGAGAGACAGCGAACUUAACGGUACCCCCAUCAAUUCGGACACUCGGCCCCGGGAUUACGAUGCAGCUGAGCAAGCGGCACCAUAUAUCGAGGUGCAGCCCCAGAACCGGCGUCCUAAUGAUGGCACUUUGUAGGCGACUUUGCUUAUGCAUAUACUGCUAGUCACGUUUGUUUUAGGAGUCAAUUGCGUUGGAUACCCAUGUGUGAAUGAGCGAGUUUGUCUAGGAGACCGACAUUCAAGUCGAGGUCUAUGGAUUUGGUAAUGAUCCACAUGAUAUGAUUAUCUUCUCUUUUACUACGGUUUUGGGGGCUGUCUUAUCUAGGUUGUUUCAUCUAUACUGCAUAUUUGUGUAUCCAUAUAUAAUCGAAUUCUGCAUGGUUGGGGGAGCAUAACGACAUGCGUUCAACGAAAUGUCAUGUUUUGCAUGAUACCUCCGGGGAUUUCAUAUACCUACUCUAUUUGGAAAAAGGGUUCGAAAAUUGCAUUUAUAGGUGCUAUUAUUAAGCGAGGAGUUUUGGUGUCGAGGGUGAGCAUUGGCUUAUCGGGAAUGCUGGUGCUCUUGGCUCAUGUGUAAAGCGUCAAUAGAGUUUUAUGAAUGGUCGAUGAUGCCUUUUGAGAGGUGAACUGUUGUACGAGUCUUUUCUAUGAGUAGAAGUCGGGCGGAUGUCAAGCAUCUGCUAGCCUGUAUUCGUGUUAGAUAGUGCCGGUACAAGCACCUAGACUCCAUGUGCCGUAGUACGGUAUGAC